AUGUAUGGGACUCAUUUUAGAUUUAAUUACGGAAUAGAGCACUCAGCUACUAAACGUUACAUCACGAAUAGUCUACACCUCUUCAGUAAAAAAACGGGCAAAAUGGAUCCAGCCAAAUUGCGGAAUUUCAGAGUUGGUAGGGCUUUUAGAGCUAUGGGAAUCGCAACGAUUGUGUCUACUGCGGUGACGGGAGUCGUCGUAUACAUGUAUAAUAAGAAAGAGAUUGCAACUGCCAGGAAAUUCUACCAUUGGAAUGGAAUGUUUUAUUAA